UCAAUUCAAAAGAAUGCAUCAAACAAAAUAACAUUUUUACCACCUAUAUUUUAUAAGAAAACCUUUUAGUUUAUACAAAAUGUAUAAAAUAUCAGUGAAGAUGUAGUUUUACAAUACACGCAGUUGGCAAAAAACAUCCGAUACAAAUAAAACUGGUAUGAAAAUGGAAAAAUACACACUGUGAACAGAAUCUGGUCAUUCCACAAAGUUUUUCCGUGAAAUAUACUCUGAAAUAGCCAAAAAUGUUUACAGAUGAAGAGGAUGAGAGCUCCCUCGGCGCGGUGCGGUACCCCUGCAUGCCCUCCCUGGUGGCUCUCCAGCAGAUGAGGAACCGGCUCCACCUGGCGUAUCUUGGCAGGAAGCUGAUGAAGUGGACCGCGCUGGCUACAGGCAGGGAGCUGAGGAGAAUAGCCAUGGAGAUGCACUCGAUCUACGAUUCGUUCGCCGAAGACCUUGGCAACGCCUUCAUGCUCCUGGCCCGUGGUAGAUACUUCUACCCGAACCUCAACAAGAUGGUGCUUGAGAACUGUCCCGCUAAGGCCAGCGUCGUAGUGGGAGGGAGAGGCCGCAUGAUCACUGGUGUGAAGGUCAUGCGCUAUGAGAUAGUCGAGUCAGGAUUCGAACCGUACGAGCACCUGGGCAUAGAGAAGGGCGGGCAGCAGAUUCACGAGGCCAAGCUGGCGUGGCUGGAGCUGCUGAAGCGAAUGAUCCUGAUGCAGGAGUUGAGGAACAGCUUCAUGCUGGUCGAGGAGGCCCACAAGAACGCCACCAAACGGCUCAACGCAAUUCGAAAGAUCGUGGUACCAAGAACACAAGUCACAAUACAUUAUAUUCUGCUUGAAUUAGAAGAAAUGGGCCGCGAAGAACUAUUCAGAAUUAAACUCGUUAAGAAGUGGAAAGCACGUUUAAACAAAGAAAAGGAGCAAGGGAAAAAAGAAAUAUGCCCAAUUUGCAAUAAAGAAAUCACUCCAGAAGAAAUGAAAAAACAUAAAGAGGAAAGCCAAACUAAGAUCAAGACGAGAACUGAAUCAGCACCUAAAGUGAUAGUAAUAGAGCCUGUACCGAAAGCAAUACCGCCUGUCACGCCACCCUUACCUCCUAAACCAGUACCAACUCCACCCCAAGCAGAACCUAAAACACCACCUCAGCCUUGCCUUCAGCCACCUUGUAUAGCAGUGGAGCUACCGCAAAAAUUAGAGUCUAUAAAAGAGAUUUAUAGACCUCCGUCAGCACGAGCUGUUGUGGAAUUGGACAAUCUGACCAGAGUCCUAUCAGUAGGACGACCUGCUGAAGACAAUAGGUUGGAUUAUUUGAAGAAGUUAUUAGCAGAAAUAAUUGGAAUAGGCAGAGAAAUGGUUGAAUCUGGUGUCAAUAAUAUUGAUAUGGAUGAGUUCUUGAGAGUAUGCGAAGAAGCUAAGGGAAAAAUUGAUAAUUUUUUCAGCGAAGAAGAACAAACCUCUCAAGUAGAUCCAAAUUUGCAAAACCGUCUCCAACAUUUGAAGCUGCACUUAAGAGAAGUUAUAGAUUUGACUCAGGAUUUUAGGAAUGAAACCAUGUUGACGACUAGUGUCGAACACUUUAUUGAGACUUGUGAGGAAGUAGACGAAAAACUAGAUGUGUACAUGAAGAAUGUUGAAAGCAAACCCAUCUCAGGAGAAACUAAAGCAAGAUUGGAAACUCUCAAGCAGCACAUUAAAGAUGUCGUAGAUAUGACUGAAGACUACAAACUACAGGGCCUAUUAACACCCAGUGUGGAAGAUUUUAUAAAAACCUGCCGAUCUGUUCAAUCUAAAAUUGAUACAUACAGCAAAGAACCUGAUAAAAAUCUUGACGUUGAAAGACUAAAUCAUCUAAAAGACCAUGUGGGUCAACUUGAAAAAUUAACGACAGAUAUCAAAGAAGAAGGAAUGGUAUCGUCUAGUUUGGAGAAGUUUUUACUGUCUUGCAAAGAUUUCAAAACGAAAUUGGAUGAUUAUAAGAAGAGAGCUAAAUUGCCACCGCGCGCAACUUUUGGAGAUAUUAAUAAAUUAGUUGAACAGAUUGAUGAAACAAUGGACUUGAGUGAAUUAGCUAAGGAUGAAGGCUUGAUUUCAGAGAGUGUUGAUGAGUUUAUAAGAUGCUGCGAAAACAUGAAGAAACAGUUGGAAAUUAAAGAUGAAGAACCAAAACCACAGACUUUGGGUGAACUUAGAACCAAUAUCGACGGUGUUAUUAAACUUAUUCAAAAUCUGAAAGCUGAAGGUUUGAUCACAGAAAGCGUUGAAGACUUUUUGAAAACGUGUGAGUCGACGAAAGGAAAGAUUGAUGUAUACGACCGGUAUCCAUUCACUGAGCCUGAGAUAAAGAAAACUUCAAUGCCUUGUUCUGCUAAUUGUACUUGUGGUGAUGAUAAGGAAGAACCGAUGGACGAAGACGAAGUCUGUGAGAACUGUGAGAAGAUGAUGAAAGAGCCACUUAAACCAGUAUUACCUUAUGCUAUUGAGCCUUGCGAUAGUUGCAGAGGCUUGGUCAAAUAUGAAGCAGAGGAAGAAUAUCCUUGUGAUAAUUGUUCUCAAGUAAUUGAACCGAAUCUCUGCACGCAUUGUAAGCAAACUAAGGGUGAAGAGGAGUGCCCAUCAAUUGAAUGCCCUCUGCAUCCAAUAGAACCGCUGCCUCCGCCACCAGAACCAAAACCACCAAGUCCCGUUGAUAGCAGCCUCGGUUACUUUGAAAAGAAGAUCAAGAAGAUCACCAGAGUAACAAGAACGUUGAAUGAUGAUGGGACUAUCCGGGAAGAGACAGAGACAAUUAUUAUCAGAAAAAACAGACAUGAUCCGAACGAAACUGGUUUGAUGGACGACGAUGAUGAUGACGAAGGUGAUACGGCAUCCUUUGAAGAUAUACCGGAUGAAAAUGAUGAGAACUGCUGUGCUUUGUGUUUGACGUUAAAUCAAAACCAGUUAGGGUUCCGGAGGUCAAAAUCUGAGGAGACAAUCAAGCUGCCUUCAAUGGCUGAACCAAAUUUGAGACAAUGCAUUUCAAUUGAUAUGAAUAUGUUUAAAGAUGAUAGUUUUCCAGGACUCGAUUUCAGCGAUGAAGUUUUUGACUCUCUAAAAUCUGUUGAAGAAGUUUCCUUUAAAAAUUAAAGUACAAAUUUAUUACGCUCUACAAGAACUAUCUGGAAAUUUCACUCAAAAACAUGAAUUUAUUAUCUUUAUUACUAUUUAUUUUUCUAAAAUAUUUUACUCUUUUGAAAUAUUGUUUCAUAUUCGAGGCAUACUUAAUUAAACGUACAUUUAUUUCCACUUUUCCUAUUACAAUUAUGUUGAAAAUAUUUAAUAAACACUGAA